UUCCAAGAUUCAAAUCUACAGAGAUCUUGAUUCUAUAGCCUUUCACUCUAGUUCCUAAAAAUGGGUAGCGAGAUUCAUUCAUCCGGCGAGACCGUACGGUUCUUGAUUCAUUUUUUCAAUGGAAGAUGGUUCAUGGUGUUUGCUUCGUUCCUCAUCAUGGCUUGCGCUGGAGCCACUUACCUCUUCGGGACUUACUCUAAAGACAUCAAAUCCACGCUCGGUUACGACCAGACAACGUUGAACCUGUUAGGUUUCUUUAAAGAUCUCGGAGCUAACGUGGGAGUCAUGUCCGGACUCAUAGCCGAAGUCACGCCGACUUGGUUCGUCCUCGUCAUCGGCUCCGCCAUGAACUUCGUCGGCUACUUCAUGAUCUGGCUCACUGUAACGGGGAAAGUAGCGAAACCGAGAGUUUGGCAAAUGUGUCUCUACAUUUGCAUAGGAGCAAACUCUCAGAACUUCGCAAACACAGGAGCUUUGGUUACUUGCGUCAAGAACUUCCCCGAGAGUAGAGGAGUCAUGCUUGGUUUGCUUAAAGGUUACGUUGGUUUAAGCGGAGCGAUAUUUACGCAGCUUUACUUUGCUAUUUACGGUAACGAUUCGAAGUCUUUGAUUCUGUUGAUCGCGUGGCUACCAGCUGUGGUCUCCCUUGUCUUUGUGUAUUCCAUAAGAGAGAAGAAAGUCGUGAGGCAGAGGAACGAGAUCAACGUGUUUUACAACUUCCUCUACAUCUCAAUCUUCUUGGCCUUGUUCCUCAUGGCAAUGAACAUCGCCGAGAAGCAAGUUCAUUUCACCAGAGCCGCUUACAUCGCAAGCGCUACCAUAUGCUGCGUCUUGCUCUUUGUGCCUCUGACCGUUGCGGUUAAGCAAGAGAUCGAAGUGUGGAACAUGAAGAAGCUGGCUGAGGAGGAGCCUAGCGAGGUCAAGAUUGAGAAACCCCAAAAGGAGGACAUUGAUCAUCUCAAGGAGGAUGGAGAAAAGAAGGAGAUGAAAUCUUGUUUGUUGACGGUUCUCGAUCCGCCGCCAAGAGGGGAAGACUACACUAUACUACAAGCAUUGUUAAGCCUCGACAUGAUCAUCCUUUUUCUAGCGACUUUCUGCGGUUUAGGAUCGAGCUUGACGGCCUUAGACAACUUAGGACAAAUAGGUGAAUCACUCGGUUAUCCGAACCAUGCGGUUAGCUCUUUUGUCUCUUUGGUCAGCAUAUGGAACUACUUUGGUCGAGUGUUCUCCGGUUUUGUCUCUGAAUACUUGCUCGCCAAGCAUAAACUACCCCGACCGCUCAUGAUGACAUUAGUCCUCUUGUUAAGCUGCGCGGGGCACCUUCUCAUCGCCUUCCCGGUACCAGGCUCGGUAUACAUAGCGUCCAUACUAAUGGGAUUCUCUUUCGGCGCGCAGCUUCCUUUGCUCUUUGCCAUCAUCUCGGAGCUGUUCGGGCUCAAGUACUUCUCUACGCUGUUUAACUGCGGACAGCUUGCUAGCCCGCUUGGAUCUUACAUCUUGAACGUCCGUGUCACGGGAAUGCUUUACGAUAGAGAGGCCAUGAAGCAGUUGACGGCUCGAGGGCUAACUCGAAAAGAUGUGAAAGACUUGACUUGCUUAGGGAGCCAGUGUUAUAAAUUGCCGUUUGUGAUUUUGGCUGCGGUGACGUUCUUUGGAGCGCUUGUGUCUUUGGGUCUAGCGAUAAGGACGAGAAAGUUUUAUAGAGGUGAUAUUUACAAGAAGUUUAGGGAGAGUCAUGAGUCCGAGUCUGUAAUGGUUUCUGGCUCGAGAAAGUCUUGAUGAGGCCAAAAAAAAGAAGAAAAAGCUGUUGAAUUUAUUUGGAUAAUCAUUAUCAGACAAAUUGAUUUAUGUCUGUUGAAUAAUAGAUGAAUAAAUUUUUUAUAGAGAUCCGGUUCUUUA